AGAGAGAGAGAGAGAGAGAGAGAGAGUGUGUGUUCGAGUUCGAGAGAAGGAUGGAAAGGGCGGCAAUGGAGGUCAUCGCCGAUCGGCUCUCCGCCAUGGAUGACCUCUACUUUCCCCGUGCUUUCCUUGAAGGUGCUCACAACUCGGACCAUCGGAAGGCCGCCCUUCUUGAUCUCCUCAUCCGCGAUGCUCCGCUAUUCCUCGAGAGAUAUGGAUCUCGUCUCACGUCGGAGGAAUUGAAGGGGUUCGAUGUAUUGGGGAUGGAUUAUGAAGUGGGGUGGCAUCUGAAGCGGAUUCGGAGCGCGCGGGAGCCGACGGUGGAGGAGGUGAGGGUGAGGGUGGCGGCGGUGAAGAACCGGCGGCGGGCUCAUAUGGAGCGGCUGGUGCUUGCUGGGGAGUAUUUCUCCGAGGAUGCGAUGCGGGAACGGGAGCCUUAUUUGCACCAUGAGCUUGUGGGGAGGUUCCAGGAUCCAGUUGGGAGGGCGAUGUCGCGUCCCGGGGAGAGGUGGUCGGAGACGCUUAUGAGGAGGUGUGAUGAGGCUGCGUUGGUGGAGAAGAUUAGGGGCGAGCAGCAAAGGCGUGGGGUUGCUAGGAAAGAUUGGGUUGGAGCUGCUGAAGAGGAAAUGGAAGAGGAGGAGGAGGAGGAGGAUGAUGAUGAAGAAGAAGAGGAGGAAGAGAAAGAGGGAAAGAAGGAAGAGGAAGAGAAGGAUGAAUUGAGCUCCUCGAAGGAACAAAUUGAUGGGGGUUCAAAUGUCAUCACAGCGCAGAGCUCCGGCGUAGAGUCCUUUGCACAAGCAUUGUCUGAAGCAGAGCUAGAAUAUCAUCUGGAACAGUUCACUCACAUCAUGCAACAGAAAUUCCUGGCAGGAGAAGACACUGAAUAUUGGGACUACUCCAAAAUAGAUGAUGAUGAAAGACUGGAUGAUCAUUGGAUCAAGGAGGCCAAUCAAGAUGCUGAAGAGAAGUAUUUUGAUGAAGAUGACUAACAAAUACACUCAAAUUUUCCCUUUCAUCAUGCUUUACUGACUAGUGUAAAUAGCCAGGACUUGUGUCUCUAUUCCAUGAUACCCAGAAAACACUCAAACUAGGUCAUAAAAUCUCUGUUUUCCAUUUAUUGGAGUUAGCUUGUGAAAUCUUGUACAUUUCUUCUAUGCAAAAUAAUGAUCUUAUGCAAA